UGUUGGAACACUAAAAAAAAUAGAAGAACCCGUUAUGUUGUCGGUUCAUAAAAAAGAUGAUGCAUAUUUAAGUGUUAAUAACGAUCCAAACAGUAAAAUCGAUCUUAAGAAAAUUAUUGAAAAUCCAGGACGCCCAGAACUAUAUACGGCAGGAAAACUACGAUUAGAAUUGGUGUUCAACGAAUCCGGGGGAACCGGCUUUCAAGAAAAUUUUGGUG